GUGUCAGAUAAUGGGGGAAAAGAGUAAACCUUUUCAAACCAUUGAUGAUGUUAAGGUCAUUGAUUAUGCCAAGAGAUCCCAGUGGCUUCGAGCCGCGGUGCUAGGUGCUAACGAUGGUUUACUCUCCAUUGCAGCAUUGAUGAUGGGAGUUGGGGCCGUAAGAAAGGAUUCCAAGACCAUGAUCCUGACCGGGAUGGCCGGAUUAGUAGCCGGUGCUUGUAGCAUGGCGAUAGGUGAAUUUGUGUCUGUUUAUUCACAAUAUGACAUUGAAGUGUCUCAAAUGAAGAGAGAAAAUCAAUAUUCCACAAGUGAUGGGAAGGAGGAGGAGGCUAGGGAUGAUCACUUGCCGAAUCCGUGGCACGCUGCUUUAGCAUCAACGCUUGCAUUCGCGGCGGGGGCCGCCGUUCCCUUGCUCGGGGCUGCGUUUAUUGAGGAUUAUGUUGUGAGGUUGGUGGUGAUAAUGGUGGUGGUGAGCCUGGCCUUGCUAGGGUUUGGGGGGUUGGCUGCUUUGUUGGGAGGUGCACAUGUGGUUAAGUCAUCGUUAAGGAUGUUGGUUGGGGGAUUGUUAGCUAUGGGAAUCACUUUUGGCCUUACCAAGUCAUUUGGAGUGAGUGGGGUAAACAUGUAA